ACUCGUAAAGCAGCAGAAAUAACCCUGGACGCUGGAAUCAGCAAACUCGCGGUCAGUCGUGUUGUGCGUCUCACAGUGCUAACUAGUGACAUUAAACAUGGUUCUGGACACAGAAGACUGGGCUGAUGAGCUCCCGCCGGAACAAAUUGCCGUCCUUCGCAAAGCGUUUGAUGGCUUCGACCACAACCGCUCGGGCAGUAUUCCAUGUGACUUCGUAGCUGACAUUCUUCGAAUGAUGGGACAGCCCUUCAAUAAGAAGAUCCUCGAAGAGCUCAUCGAGGAGGUUGACGCUGACAAGUCUGGUCGUUUAGAAUUCCCUGAAUUCGUAACCCUCGCUGCCAAGUUCAUCGUUGAGGAAGACGCUGAGGCUAUGCAAAAGGAACUUAGGGAAGCUUUCAGAUUAUAUGACAAGGAAGGCAACGGUUACAUUCCCACAUCGAGCUUGCGUGAAAUCCUCCGUGAAUUGGACGAGCAGCUGACGGACGAUGAACUCGACGGCCUCAUCCAAGAAAUCGACACGGACGGCAGCGGCACUGUUGACUUCGAUGAGUUUAUGGAGAUGAUGACUGGGGAAUAAACUAAUUUAUCUAAAUGCUUUUAUACUUUAAUAUGAUUUAAUUUUAAGUUAAAUAUAUUUCAUACAUUUUGGUACUACAACCUUCGAGUCUUGGAAUUAUUGAACUAAACAUACACUGUCAUUGUAAGAAAACUAAAGAAUAACGUAUGUAUGUAUUGUAAAAAAUGAUCCCUUGUUCUCGUUCAACUGAUGCGUGUGGCUGAGAAAUGAUUAUAUAUACUUUAUUAAUAAAUCUUUUACAACACUA